AUGUGCUGUGCAUAUGCCGCUGGCGGCGCAGCAGUGGCCGACAUGUUGCUUCUCGCGGGCGCAGACAUUGGUUUACGAAACAGGCACGGGCAAACGCCCCUGAUGUGGGCGGCCCGAUUUGCCAACCAGCCCCUUCUUGCGCAGCUCCUGCGCGCUGGCGCAAAUCCACACGCUUGCUGCUGCAGAGGCUUCCGAGCCAUUGACUAUGCGCGAGCCCUCGGACAUGCGAGCGUCGUGGCCGCGUUUGGCGAGCCCGACUGGGUGGGGUUGCUCCCGCAGCCAAUUCGCAGUCCGGUGUUGAACCUCUUGCAGGGCCUCAAGACCCGGCUCAAGGAGAGGAAGAUCCGGCCGAUUGAGAGGCGGGAGCAGGAGAAGCCGCGCCCAGAUUCUCGACCCUGGGGGCCUGCGGCCCCGUUUGCCACCGCCGCCGAUCACAAUGCGCACCACCCUAUGCUUCAGCUUCCAUCCGACCUCUUGCUGCACGUGCUGAUGCUCGUGGGGCCGCAAGUCGCGUCGAACGGAAAGCGGAUCUGCAGAGGGAUGCGCCAAACGUGCCAGGCGCUGCCCUUCCAGUUCCAAAGCCUCGCCGUGCUCUACCCGCCCACGGCAAGUGCCAUUUCACUCUGA